GGGCAGAAAAGUACUGUGUGGGACGCCAGCUGCCGAUGAACCACAGAAGAAGCAGACGGUCUGAACCCUGAACAAAAUAUGACUUCUGAUUAAUUUAGUUAAAGUAUUUUAACAAUAUUAAGUUGAUGGUUUCUACAGCAGCUUUGGUAGUUUAACGUGGACGUGUUGGUUGGAAUCAACGACAUCAGUUUGCGUGUGAGGUGGUUGUGUUUACGUAGCGGCUAGCAUCUCGGCUAAUGCUAACAACAUUAGCUUAUGCGACACUGACGCUUUUUAAGUGACUGGUUACUUUCGGGAAGAAGAAGAUGACUCGUCAUGGAAAGAACUGCACGGCCGGAGCUGUCUACACAUACCACGAGAAAAAGAAAGACACAGCGGCGUCUGGUUACGGCACUCAGAGCAUUCGGCUGGGCAAAGACGCCAUCAAAGACUUUGACUGCUGCUGCCUGUCCCUGCAGCCGUGCCAGGAUCCCGUGGUGACCCCAGAUGGAUACUUGUAUGAAAAGCAGGCCAUCCUCGAAUAUAUUCUCCACCAGAAGACGGACAUUGCUAAGAAGAUGAAGGCCUACGAGAAGCAGAAACAAGCGCUGAGGAACAACAACCAGCUCGAGUCCAAAUCUGAGGAAAGACAGAAAGUGGAAAAGUUUAAAAGCAGUGAGAACAGCAUCGUGUCAAAACCCAUCAACCCUUUCACAUCAGGUCACAAUAAAGAGGGUGAGGCAGGCAGGUCACAGAGCAGCACCGGUGAGUCCUCCACUCCGGGCUCAGCGAGCAGCUCCAGCCAGAGCCUGCCCAGUUUCUGGAUCCCGUCUCUGACGCCCGAGGCCAAGCCCACACUCCUAAAGAAACCGAGCAAGGCCGUGCUGUGUCCCAUGUCUGGACGGCCCAUUAAGAUGAGCGAUCUGAUCCCGGUGCGCUUCACCCCGCUCGACGCCAGCCUGGACAGAGUGGCCCUGCUGAACCGCCAGGAACGGUACGUGUGUGCAGUCACCAGAGAUGCUUUGGGCAACAGUGUCCCCUGUGCGGUCCUGAGACCCUCGGGAGCAGUGGUGACUCAGGAGUGUGUGGAGAAGCUGAUCAAGAAGGACAUGGUGGAUCCUGUGUCUGGAGACCAGCUGGCUGACCGAGACAUCAUCCCGCUGCAGAGGGGUGGAACCGGCUUUGCUGCCUCUGGAGUCGACCUCCGAGCCAAAGAGGCGCGUCCAGUGAUGCAAGCGUGAGAUGGAUGAGGACGCUGCGAGGGUCUGACGUUUACCAAAUCAUACAGAGCACAACCUUUUUGGAGUUCAGUGGGAUUUUUGUUGUUGUUUAGAGUUUAUUGUUUUAUGUGAAGCUUACAGUCUGUCCGGGUGUAGCAUUCUGGAGGGUAAAUGUAAACAUUAGAUUUUCAUGGAAUACAUGUAAGUGGAGCUCUGAGUGGCUGCUUACGUAGCAGCAUGGAAACCUGUUGUGUUGCGUCGCUUUAACAGCUGCAGCGUGUGUCGCUUGUCUCUUUUCAGCUGCGACCAUCACCACCUAAAUAACGCCGAGUCUUUUAAAUGACAUGCUGCCAGUUGGUCGGGUGACCUAGAGUGUUAGCUGGUCACAGCUCGUCAUGUUCAUCCACCCUCAUCCCUCCAUAGUCUGUGAUGGUGCUGAUCUUGAUGUAGUCCAUCUUGUUGAGAACUUCGGAGAGUGUGAGGCGGCCAUCCUGAUGAGCAGAGCACACAACAGGAAGGGUGUGAAAUGAAUGUAUUCAUUAGAUGUCAAAUGAGAAAACAACAGCUGAGAGUAAGCCCUCAGAAGUUCACUCAGUCUUCAAACACUGGUGAAGUCAUUAAAGAAACUCGUCAGAUUUAAGACUUUUAUUUUUCCACAAACAACUUUUAUUUCUUAUUUGUUGAAUUUAAAUAAUUGUAGGAUUUCAUGAAGCCCAACACCCACAAAGUCCCCCGUACCAAGACCGGUGUGUUGGAGCUAUUUGUUCUUUAGAAAUCCGGUAAACUCGGGUGACGGGGCGAGGUUCAUCUGCCUUCAAGAAUCAGCCAAGAAGACCUGAGGGAUUGUGUUUUCUAAGGACUGGUGUUGGACCAGCACACACUGGGAGGGCCUGUGGGGGGUUUUCUUACCUGAGCAGGAGAAGCAGCAGGAAGUGAAGCGAAAAAAUGGAUAUUUGUAUCGAUGUCUGCCAAGCUGGAUAAAUAAACAACAUGAGCUAUG